AUGGCUGAACUCGCACCGUUGACUUCUGCGCACGCGCAUGCACGGAAGGCGGCAGUUGAGACUGAUCAGAUGCGGAUGAGUGAAGCUGCAGAAGAACAUCAGAACGCAGCCUUGAACUUCGCCAAAGCAUCGAGGGGCUCAAACGAUCACGAGGCACUUCGAAUACUGAGACUCCUCGAAGAGCAACACCUCAAACUUGCCAAUAUCAUCAGGACACAAGACUCUCCAAGUGAGCCGGAGUCUCAGACCGAGGACACGAAAUCACAGGAUCCAGCAGUGUCAAGACACGACUUCGCACAACCUCAGAAAGCCCCCUCACAAUCUUCACGAUCGAAGUCUACCACAGGCGCACUCGCCGCAGCCCGUUUUGGUAGCCAGACGAGAGACUCUUCGCCGUCUUUGGCCAGAGACAUUGCAUCUCGACGAGGAAUUCCACAAGCAGGCAGGAACCCACCCUCUGCGGCAGCUCAAGCGAGAGCGAGGCAGUUGUCGCCGGAAUCGCAUCGUCGCAGCAAGCCUGGUCCUCCGCCACCCAAGAUACCACCAUCAAUCGUAGACAGUCAGAACUUGUCCACAGCAAAGAAAGCCAAGAAGCAGGAAGACGAUGCCGCUUUUGCGAGUUUCUACAGCAACCUCACGACUGGGACGAUGUCAAAGCUGUCCUCGGUCCUGGCAUAUGCUGGACUGCCUCUUACCGCUGAAGAUGCCCAGGCGGAACAGAACAAACAGAAGCUCACCAAGAAGACUGUUAGCGCCAGCAACGAUCCGGACGUGAAGAAGAUAUUCUCCAAAGCCGCCCUGGACGCCAUCGAGGAUGACCAUCGCCAACGAGGAAUGCAGGGCCACGCAUUCGGACCAGCCGAGAGCUUUUAUGUGGUACAGACAGGUGGAGGGACAUACUCGUAUGCGGAUAUUGCAAAAGCACAGCAACAGCAACUUGGAGGCAUCGAUGAAGAUGACGAGGAGGCUUUCGUAGAUGCACGAGAAGCCCAAGCCCCGCCUUCACCUCGCCAUAGUCGACAUUCAUCGCAAGGAGGCAGGAACUCGUUUGGGAAGAACGCUACUCACGAGGAGCUGGAGUUACAAAACGCCACUCUGAAGGCGACCUUGGAGAAGCUUGCCACCCGCCUGGCGGAUUUCGAAUCACAUGCGCAGGACGCAUCCAUGGCUGCUCUUACUCAAAGCAUGGCAAGUAUCGGUACUCAAGGAGGACAGCAGGGAGGAGGCUCCGAUCCUGCGCUGGCUGAGCGAUUGAGACAGCUCGAGCAGCAGUUGGAGCAGCAGACUGAGGAGCGGACUAGACUGCAGAAUCUGGCAGCGAAGCAAGAGAAGACGCUGAAGCAGUACAAGAGUAAAUGGGAUGAUAUCAAGAAGAGUGCGAGAGAGAAGGAGAGAGCGAAGAAGGAAAAGGUAUUGCCGAAUGCGUAUGAGAACUGA